AAUUUGGGCGAAUAUACUUUGUUUUAAAGAUAGGGGGCGUUAACUCCGCGAUGUCUCAAGCGUCGGUGGGCGGUGCAGCGACUUUUCGAAAACGAGUCUCGUUCUGUGCGAUGCGAUAAGGCUGAGGAUUUAUCCUUGCGCUGUCAAUUAAGGGGUCUUGUGUCAAUUAUGUCAAGAGGAUGUUCAUCUGCGUGGUGGGCUUUGAGAGUGAUGUGGUGAUGUGAUGUGACGCCAACAAAAGCGGACCAGUCAUGGCGGGCGUCUCCAAUCCUGCCUUUGAGGACGACACCAGACAAUCAAAACAAACCAAGAAUGAAAUCGUUAGACAUGAUCAUAACGAAGCAAAAUCCAACAACGCGGGAAAUGGGCUCACAGUCGAGCAGGAAAAGUUCGCCAUCUUGAAAAACGUGAUCGUAAUAUCUGUAGCUUUUAUGUUUUUAUUCACAAGUUACAACUCGAUGUCCUUUUUGCAGUCUUCAAUCAACAAGGUGGAAGGAACGGCCUCCCUCACUAUCCUCUACGCCGCCUUCGUGUUCUCGUGCUGCUUCCUUCCCACGUGGAUGAUCAAGCGGCUGCACGAGAAGUACACGAUGGCGGCCUGCAUGCUGUGCUACUCGACCUACAUGGCGGCGCAGUUCUACCCCAGGAUCUACACGCUCGUGCCCACGGCGGUGGUGGUCGGGCUCGGCGCCGCCCCCAUGUGGUCCGCCAAGUGCACCUACCUCACCAAGAGCGGCAAGCGGCUGGCUGAGCUCGAAGGCGUCGAGAGCGAAGUGGUCAUCACGCGAUUCUUCGGCCUCUUCUUCCUGUUCUUUCAGUCGACGCAGGUGUGGGGCAACGUCAUCUCCUCCACAGUCCUGUCAGUAGGGAUUGAAAAGAACAAGACUGCCGAGGAGCUGCUCACCUGCGGCUACAACUUCUGCCUCGAUCAACGCCACGAGGACUCCCCCAGCAACGCCACCGCCAGCACAGACGGACGCGAAGACAGCCUUCCUCUGUGGAAGAUCUACACCAUGGCUUCCAUCUACCUCGGUUGCUCUCUCCUCGCCGCCGCCAUUACCGUCUUCUUUGUGGAUCCUCUGAGCAGGUUUGUGAAGGAAUCGCCAACCAGCCAGGAAAAGAGCGGCCUUGUCCUCGUCGCUGCCACGUUUAACCAACUGCGCCAUCCAUACCAGUUGCUGAUCAUUCCCCUGACAAUAUGGUCGGGCGUGGAACAGGCUUUCCUCGGAGCAGAUUAUACGGCGGCUUUCGUAUCCUGUGGUCUCGGCGUACACAUGGUCGGUUACGUCAUCAUUUGUUACGGUGUGUGUGACGCCAUCUGCUCUGUUGGAUUCAGCCCCAUCAUCCGGAAGUACGGUCGUGUCCCCGUCUUCAGCCUCGGUUUCCUCAUUAACCUGGGGCUGAACAUCACUCUUACGUACUGGACGCCGAAACCCGAUGAUUUGGUCGUCUUCUUCGUCAUAUCAGGUCUCUGGGGAGUCGCUGAUGCAGUGUGGCAGACGCAGAUCAACACGCUCUACGGCGUGAUCUUCCCCGGCGAGUCCGAGGCAGCGUUUAGCAACUACCGCCUGUGGGAGUCGACGGGCUUCAUCAUCGCCUACGCCUGCAGCACCGUCCUCUGCGUCAGCUCGAAGAUCGUGGUCCUCAACGUGUUCCUCGUGCUGGGGAUCGUAGGAUACUACGUCAUCGAGAUCCUGGAGAAGCGGGGAGGACUCGAGAAGGACAAAGACGGGAAAGUGGUUGUUCUCGAUCGGCUGUUCCUUCGAGUGUUAAAGAAGGGGAGGGCGAGUGUGUAGAGCUGCGUGUGUGUUUUGUUAAUGUUAUUGUUGUUAUUGUAUGGACGAAUCUGUUUAUUAUCAUCAUUAUUAUUAUUAUUAUUAUAUAAGAAUGA